AAUUCUAUGGGAGCAGGUGGGCGGAGAAGUGCGUGGGUUAUCGGCUUUGAGUGGGUGAAUUGAUGUCGGUGAUUAUGGCCUGCUGGCAGCGUUUCUGGACUCUGGCCGUACUGUGCGUCUUGCUAUGUCGCUGCCCGACGAUGGGACUGGACACUGUGUCCUCUGUGUCGCCUUCGCCAACUCCUGCUCCGAAAUGUUCUGAUUUUACUGGAAUGAGUUGUGAAGCAUGUACAAAAAAUACUGUCUGUCUUUGGUGCAGUGAAAAUUCUACUUGUAUGGAUUAUCCUGUAAACAAAAUCUUGCCACCAUCAUCGUUGUGUUCACUUACUAAGUCUUACUGGGCAAUAUGUUGGGCAAAUUUGGAAGCAAUCAUCAUCACUAUAGGUGUUGUAGUAGGCAUCAUUCUGAUGUUCAUAAUUUGUUGCUGCUGUUAUUGCUGCCGCAGAUGUCGUAGGCGUUCUGAAAGGAGAGCAAUUGAUGAAGAAGAAACAUUUAUUGGAGAUCGGGAAGAAAAACGAUUGCAAUCUGCUCAACGGAGACAUGAAAGAAGAGUGAAAUAUGAUGAGCUACGCAGAAAAUAUGGUCUACUUCAGGAUUCGGACCAUCCCUAUAGUAGAUACGAGAAUGAAUGAAAAAUAGCACAUUCUCGUUGCACCAAAUUUGUAAAUACAUGUUCAGUAAAACCUAAUGUUUAUCUUGAUUUUUUC